AUGAUUAUAUCUGAAGCUUACUCUUGCCUUGACUCUGGUGGUGUUAGGGAUCAAAGAUAUUAUAGAGCAGGUGUGUAUUCGAGGGUUGUCAGGACUGGAGUUCCAAGGGCAUAUGCAUCUGCCAAAAGAGGCAACCCUUGGUUGAUCGGCGCACCUUUCCUUCUUAUCGUUUUAGGAACCAUCGGACUUGGUGGAGUCAAAGCUAACAGGGCUUAUAAUCUUCAAAAACAGACGUUCCCGUCUCACAAUCCUUUUCUUCCAUGAUUCAGAUUCUCUUACAACAUUACAUUUUGAAUCAUUGGUUGGGUAUGCAAGCUUUGUAUUAUUUUAUUUUUGUUAUUCCAACGCUUUUCCUUUCUUUUAUUUUUUCUCUUUUUUGAGAUUGUUCUUUGAUACUGUAUGUAAAAAUUAUGAUGUUAUAUA